AUGACAAAAAGAAAAGUCCAGAUUCAACUUGAAUGUCCAGACAAUUUCGGCUCGCCUUUCCCCGUCGCCGUGCUUCGCAGGAUAUUCACCCAUCUUCUUUACAUCCAUCGUUCAGCUCUGGCUAUAUGCUGUCGAGUGUCCAGAUCGUUCUCGCAAAUCGCCUCGCCUAUUCUUUACUCUCGAAUCGGAAUUUCGUCCAUCCCCGAAAGGGAUUCUAGAGCGGAUCACUCCCUGGACAGACUGACCGUCAAUGGUAGGGAGAAACCAACCACUCGCAAGAAGAAAUCACUCAAAUGUGCCAGAUACGUCACGGUCGAUGCACACGACUCUUCGAUUUUGUGCGGUAUUGGUAGAAGCAAGAAGCUAUCCUUCCCAGAAUUGGAAGUAUUAACUUUAUGUCUGACUAUUGAUUCCACCGGACCGAUCUUGCAUAAAGACCCAAUCGUACACCCGCCAAAACGAAAACAACAAGAAUGUUCCCUUCUGAAACGUAUAACUCCGACCCCCAAGAAAUUAGUGAUAGAUGGUGCGAAUAUGACUAGUAUCACUGCCUAUCCUUUAGGUUUUCCUAAAAGCGUCUACGACAACCUGGAAGAAAUCACUUUCAUCUGUCCACCUAUCUACUAUCUACCUGACCCUUCUGUAGGUGGUUUCCCAAAUUGGUCCGAUUUACCUUUGAAGAAAGUAAACUGGAUGUUCUUCACCAAAGAUGAUGAUCAUUACUGGACUCUAGGACGGCACCAUCUGAAUCCUAACAAGCAAAAAUAUGGGAGCGGUAGGUUCACCAACGAAUAUUGGUCAUUUGGGAAUUUUCUGUUAUCUUUCCCGACCAACAUCGAGAUCAAUAUCAUCAACUUUGGCUCCAUCCAUCCUUACACCGUUGGAUCAGUCUACCUCGAUAAGCAGUAUAAUCAAAAUCUGUUCGCCAAUGAGGUCAGACAGGGUAUGUUCGCCGAGGUACAAUCAAGAGCCAGAAGACACGGGCCAGUACAAAAUGGCAAGUACACCGAGGAGGAUCUCAAGACAAAUCUGGACGUCGAAUUGGCGAAAGCGCAAGAAAGAUGGAACACCAUACGAUGGGUGGGAAUGAAAGAAUAUUUGAGAAAUAAUGAUUGGGAAGGUGAAUUGGAACCGGAUGAAGUUAGAGUUUGGCUUAAUUCGAAAUGA